UGGAUUUUAUCGUAUCGUGUCAUUAUUUUGCUUGAUGCUGUUGCCGUUAAAACCGGCUAUGAAGAUCGUGAUUUCAAAGAUGUACACGGUGGCGAAAUUCGAUAUUUUCUUCGUAUUUCUAUUUUUCCAAGCGAACUUCAGCUGCUCGUCAGAUAAUUUUUGUGAACGCCUAUUUUCAAAAACCGAGUAUCAUUACUUGGAUGUUCCACAUUUUGGAACAACGAAGGUACAUGACGAGCUUGCGUGCGUUUUUCAAUGCCUCAGGAGCCAAAGAUGUCUUUCAGUAAACAUGGCCACCUCUGAGGAAGCAAAUGGAAACCUUUGGUGUGAGUUGCUGUCGUCUGUAAAGGACAGGAAUGUCAAAGAGUUUAAAGAAAACAAGAGUUCGCAUCACUUUUCCAUUAUGUCAACUUGCCCAUCCUCGAGGUGUCUCAACAGAGGCACCUGUCUAUUAAAUGACAUUGGAAAUGAUCCAUUUGAAUGCCUUUGCGAGGAAGGUUAUGUGGGAAAAUACUGCAAUACAAUUGCGAAGUCAUGCAAAGAGCUCAGUGUAGCUUACAAUUUAAACUUGAAUCGACUGGUCACGCUUCACUUUGACUCCAAAGCAAUCUCCAUUUACUGUCACACUGGAGAUUUCGGGUGUGGAGAUGGAGCAUGGACGCCAGUCAUGAAGAUUGACGGCAGCAAGAGCACCUUUCACUACAGCUCAAGCUACUGGACGGAUAAAAAUGAAUACAGCGUCUUGGGAGGAACAACUGGAUUUGAUUCACUAGAAACCAAGCUACCGACCUACUGGAAUACACCCUUUUCAAAGAUCUGUCUUGGUAUGAAGAUUGGGCAACAGCUCAACUUUAUUGUCAUCGAGAGGCAGGCUGACUCUCUGUACUCACUGAUCGCUGAUGGGCAAUAUCGCAACACAUCACUGGGUCGUGAGAAGUGGAAAUUGCUUAUUGGCUCACAAGCCUCCUUACAGUACCACUGUGAUAAGGAAGGGUUCAACGCUGUUUGUAGCUGGAGUAAAACUUCCAAAGCUAGAAUUGGUAUCUUGAGUAACAAUGAAGAUCUUUGCUCCAGUUGUGAUUCUAGAAUCGGCUUUGGGACGGGAGGGACUCCGGAUGACUCUAACACAUGCGGAAAUUCCGCAGUGUACCUAACAGAUAACGGUAAAAAACUCAUCAAGGCCAUGGGAUAUAUCUUGGUUCAGUGACAUGUACACGUCGAAAAAACACACUUUUUUAGCAAUGUAAAUAUUUAAUAUUAAGGCGAUCUUCGUAUUCGUUUCAUAAUCCGCGGUUCAAAUAUAUGCUAUUUAUUUAUUCACAGUCAUUUAUUCAUCACUUCACAGAUUUAUUACGAACCAAAAUAAUGACUAGCUCUCAAUUGGCUUGUUAGCUCAUUUGGUAGAGCACUGCACCGGUGCCGCACGAACUUGAAUUUUUUUUCAGGCAUUAUUAUUACUACUGCUUAAGUACUGCUCAUUAUUGUGAAGAUCGCUUUCGUAUUCAUUUCUUAAUAAGCAGUUCAUAUAUAUGAUUUUCAUUUAUUCAUACAGUCAGUGUAGAAUUAUGUUGGCAACUAAGCUACCCAGGCCACGUCAAUGGAGAUUUAUCGCUUUCGCAAAUUUAAUGUUUCAUACUGAUCUUACCUCUAUUGUCCCUUAGUCGCCAGUUACCUUAUAGCUCAUGAAAAAAUCAUAAAACGGAUAUAACUGGAGACACUCAAACGGGCCCUUGUCGUCGUCAAUUUAUUUUAUUCUGAAUCGGAAUUGGUGUGUUUAUAUUUGUGGAAAAGGGAAAACAGCAGGAAGAAAAAAGAGAAGAAAAAAAAACAAGCCAUAGUGACUGAGUUUACGAAUGUGCAUUCAACUCUCAUGCUUCUGCCCCUUCCUCCGUUUUCCCGCCUCUAUCAUCUGGUUAGGUGCGCAAAGUAUUUUAGGUUGAUGAUCUGUAAUAGUUGCUCCGUUAUUUCGUAUUUGGGGUUUUCCUGGGUUUUCCCCAGAAAAAAUGGCUCAUUGCGUAGCUUUCGAGUGUAGUAAUCAGGCAAAAACCAAGCAAGAUCCCAAGCUUCGCUUGUUUUGCUUCCAAAAGGACAACAGUUUACGACGCGCAUGGAUCCAUGCUGUUGGAAAGACAUCUCCUCCAAAGAUUCCCGUCUGUGUUCGGAUCAUUGCGGAGGCAAUUGCUACUAUAAAUCAUGCCUAAUGGAAGUAAGGAUAGCUUUGCUUACAGGAUAAUGACUGGAUAGGCAUUUGAUAACAGAGGCCCUGCAACCAUGACUCUUUAGUAACUCAGAGUGCUUUGAGCACCCAGCAAGAUGGCGGACGCGGGAAGUUCGACCUUGCCGUGAGGCGGAAGAAAAUUAACUAGGUUAGAGGAAUAAUUCUAAUUAUCGAGCAAAUUUUUCUAUUUCACAGUCUAGUGUUAUAGGUAUGCAUAUUCCUGUAAGAUGAAGAAAACGAAGGGUAGAAGCUGUAUAUGGAAAUUUUACAUAAAAA